AUGCUCAGGACGCUGAGGCUGGCGCUGCUGGCUCUGGUCAGCGUGGCGGGCCCGAGCCAGGCCAGCGGCUUCACAGAAAAAGGCCUUUCCUUGCUGAGCUUCCAACUGUGCAACUACAGCGUGACCCAAACCGUCCAGAAGGUGGAGGCUGUCCAGACGUCGCACGUGACCCACGCUCCCUGCGGCGGGUGGAUCCCGUGGAGGCGAUGCCCCAAGACCGUGUACAGAACCCAGUACCUGGCCGUGGAGGUCCCCGUGUCCAGGAACGUGACCGACUGCUGUGCGGGUUACGAGCAGCUGGGCCUCUACUGCGUCCUGCCCCUGAAUCGGUCCAGGGAGUUUGCCUCGAGACCUGGAGUCUGCCCGGAGGUGGGGUCAGAAGCACCUGUGUCACCAUGCAUGCUGGACAUCGACUGCCCCGGGCUUUGGAAGUGCUGCCCCUCAUCCCGGGGCCACCACUGCGUGGCUCCUGCUCCCCGAGCUCCAGAGAGGAACCCGGUGACCUUCUGGUACAAUGUGACUGUCCUGGUGAAAAUGGACUUCAAGUUGCUUAAGGAAGUGGACCCCCGACUCCUGGAUCACAUGCGGCUUCUGCACUCCAUGGUCACCAGCGCCUUGCAGCCGCUGCGCCCCGCCGUCCACCCCGUGCAGUCAGCCAGCGGGGACGCCGCCACCACCGUGUCAUGGCUGCUGCUGGGCCUGCCGCGGCUGGUGCCCGUGGCCACCGUCUCCGUCAUGCUGGACGAGGUCGUGAAGCGCGUCUAUGAAGUGAUCAACAUCCAGGUGCAAGAUGUUGGCGAAUGCUUCCUGGAUGAUCUCAGUGCCUGCUCCGGAGGGGAGCAGUGUUUGCACAUGGAGGGCUCAUCCCAGUGCACCUGCCACCCCGAGCUGCCGGCCUUGACUCCCCAGAAGCUGAACCGCACAUGUGGAGACUGCCCUCCCAUCCUGGACUAUGUGACCCUCAACGUCACCAGCAGCAGCUUUCGGGUGUCCUGGCGUUUGAAUUCUUCCCGGCUCCGGACUUUCCACGUGCAGGUCUACAAGGGGGAGGAGCUCCUCCAGAGCGCCAGCACCGCGGGGAGGACGCUGGAGGUGGCGGGGCUGGAGGCCGGAGAGCUGUAUGGGGUGAAGACCAGCUACCAGGCAUGCGGGGGCAAUGUCACCGCCACGCUGACCGUCAGAACAGAUGCCCGCGUGUUCGGAGUCACUGUCAGGGUCCUGGACCACAACGUGACGGAGGAGCUGCUCAACCCCGGCAGCCCCGAGUACCAGGACUUUUCCCGACUGCUGCUCCACGAGGUUGCAAACGCCUUCCCGCCAGCGCUGUCCGACCUGUACAGGAGAGGCAAGCUGAAGGUGCGCAUCGUGUCUCUCCAGGCCGGAAGCGUGGUGGUGACGCUCAGGCUGCUGCUUCAGGACCCUGAGUUCCCAGUGGGACUCUCCACGCUGGCGCCCAUGCUCCCGCCUCUGUGGGCGAGCCGGGUGUUCCGGAUCGACCCGCGGGGCACACGCGUGCAAGACUGGGACGAGUGUGCAGACAGUCUGGGGCACGACUGCUCCCCCGCUGCCCAGUGCAUCAACCUCGAGGGCUCCUACACCUGUCGGUGCCGGACGGCCAGGGACGCCAACCCCUCCCGAGCGGGCCGGGCCUGUGAGGGUGACGCGGUGAGCCCCACGGGAGGUGUCCUGCCUCCGGCAACAGGAGUAACAGCCCCAGUUCUCGGCACAGAAACAGCAGCCCUUGACCGGGAGACUCCUGCCUUGUGGCCCAGCCCUGGGCACCCAUGGGGCACGCCCGCAGCAGGCCAGGCCCAGACCCCAGGCCUGCCACCCAGGAGAGGGGGCAGCGACGUGGCCAAGCAGGACGGGAGUGGCACAGGCCAGGGCAUGAAGGAGGAGGUAAACUCCAGCAUGGAGCCGCCCGUCUGGCCCACACCUACUGAGGGCCCCGCAGACCACAUCGAGUGGCACGCCAGUCUCCCCACUUGGAGAACACCACCAGCGCCCCUGGACCCCACAAGGCCACAGAACAUGCACCCUGGGCCCUCCAGCUCCCCGGACCUGCCCUCAGCCCUCACCCCUGAGUCUCUGAAGCUUCCGUCCUGUGAUCCCGUCCCCAUUGAGAGGGUCACCGUCUCCAAUGUGACCAGCACCAGCUUCCACGUGGCGUGGGCGGCGGACCUCGCCCGGCACCCCACCUUCCAGCUCACCGUCACCUCCACGCGGAGCCCCGCGGUGCACCUGGAGACCCGGAACGCGAGCCUGACGCUGUCGGGCCUGGAGCCCGGCGUCCUGCACCUGGUGGAGAUAGCGGCCGGAGCGUGCGGGGAAGGAGGUGCGGGGGCCCGCCUCAGAGUGAGGACAGCGGCCCAGAAACUCAGAGGCAAAGUCAGAAUAGCCAACGUCAGGUACGUAGAGUCCUUGGGCAAUGCAAGCAGCGAGGAGUAUCAGGACUUCCGGGAGCGGUUCCUUACGAUGGUGCGGGGUUCCUUGCCAGCCGCCAUGCUUCGGCUCGUGGACUCCGGUGGGGUCCAGGUGGAGGUGACCCGCAUCGCCAACGGCAGCGUCGUGGUGGAGUUUAACCUGCUGAUCACCGCAGACGUGGGUGUCCGCGAGGUGUCCGCUGCGUUCCUCGUGGCCUUUCAGAACGCGUCUCUGCUGGAGGUGGUCGGAGAGGACACGGUCAUCCAGGAUUACGACGAGUGUGAGAGCCAGGAGCAUGACUGCGAGCCGGGCGCGUCCUGCCGCAACACUCUGGGCUCCUUCACCUGCAGCUGCGUGGGCGGCGCCCCCCACGUCCCUCUGGAAUAUUCUGGAAGACCCUGUGAAGGUGACCCUCCUGGCCACGUGGCCCAGGCUCCCGGGGCCCCUGGGGGCCUCCCCACCCCUGCAGGAACCAGGGCUGCCUCGGUGCCAGCAGCCAGCCAGGGGCCCCAGGACCCGCCCCCGCGGCUGAGCCUGACGGAGGCGGUCAGGGUGCUCUGCGAGAUCGAGAAGGUGGCCAUCGCCAUCCAGAGGCGCUUCCUGCGGCAGGAGUCCAUCCCCGAGUCUUCCCUGUACCUGGGACACCCCUCCUGCAACGUGAGCUACCACAACAGCACCCACGUUCUCCUGGUGGCCGGGUGGAGCGAGUGCGGAACCGUCGUGCAAAGUAAUGUGACAAAUACGGUGGUGAGGACCACGUUGAGGAAUGACCUGUCCCCCGAGGGCAUCAUCCACCACCUGAAGAUCCUAAGCCCCAUCCACUGUGCCUUCCAGAACGACCUCCUGACGUCGUCGGGCUACACCCCAGAGUGGGGGGUCUACACCAUCAUCGAGGACCUCCACGGCGCUGGCAAUUUUGUCACCGAAAUGCAGUUAUUUAUCGGGGACUCCCCAAUACCUCGAAAUUAUAGCGUGUCUGCCAGUGACGACGUCAAGAUUGAAGUGGGGCUCUAUAAGCAGAAGAGCAACCUCAAGGUGGUGCUGACCGAGUGCUGGGCGACGCCGUCCAGCAACGCCAGGGACCCGGUCACGUUCGGCUUCAUCAACAACAGCUGCCCCAUCCCCAACACGUACACGAACGUGAUCGAGAAUGGGGAUUCCAGCAAGGCCCAGUUCAAGCUGAAAAUCUUCUCUUUCAUCAACAACUCCAUCGUCUAUCUGCACUGCAGACUUCGCAUUUGCAUGGACUCCCCCGGAACCACGUGCAAAAUAAAUUGCGAUGGCAUCCGGUCCCCCAGGAGCGGUGAAGCAUCUGCGACACACCAGACAUCCUGGGGACCCCUCAUUCGGUCUGAAGGUGAGCAUCCAGGUGCCCAGGCAGGCCUGGCAGCCGGCUACCUCGUCCUCAUCGCGGUGGCCGUCUUUGCCUCGGUGGCAGGGGCAGCUGCGCUUGUCAUCGUGCAGUACCAGAGAAUGACAGGCAAAUACGACUUCAGAGCCCGCCCGGAUGACUUCAGCUACCAGGUGUUCUCUGAGUAGGAGGUCGCAGCUGGCACGAAGGUACCUGUGAUUCCAACUCAGUUCUUAAUUCAUCGAGCAUUGACGGAAGCCUGCUCUGUCCCACGUCCAGAGCUUGGAUGAGUCCCAGAGGUGAAAACAGCCUCUGACUGACCCAGGAGACCCGUCAUCUAUAUAGG